AUGUUGAAGUUUAAAGGUACUUGUCUGUUCCUCGUAGCAGUUUUGGCCAUCUUUGCAGCUUCGGCUGAAGAUGCUACGACAUCAGCACCAGACUCUACGGAUAAAAUCGAUGCUGCCCGUAUUCAUAGACAUCGUUCCAAAGGUCUAUUCGCCGAUGGUCCAACCACCACACCAGAACCGGACUCCACGAAUGAACCCGAUGCCGCAGCUCUAUUCGCUGAUGGUCCAACCACCACACCAGAACCGGACUCCACGAAUGAACCCGAUCCCGCGGCUGAAGACUCCGAUAAUUCAACCACCACACAAGCACCAGACUCCACGGAUAAACCCGAUGCCGCAGGUAUUGAAGACUCCGAUUCCGAGUCCCGUAUCAUCGGAGGUGCGAAUGCGGCAGACGGCGAAUUCCCCCAUCAGGUAUCGCUGAGAAUAAAGGACUAUAGAGACGUCUGGCAACAUUUCUGCGGAGGUUCUAUUAUAUCAGAGAGAUGGGUUUUGACAGCAGCACAUUGUACACAACCUUACAAGCAGUAUAUGAAUAGAAUGAGAGUAGUGGUGGGCACAAAUAAAUUAAACAGUGGUGGUGACCAAUAUGAACUCGAAAAGAUUACUGAACACGAGAAAUACAAUAAGCCACAAAUCACAUAUGAUAUCGCAGUUAUAAAGGUUAAGAAGGAUAUUAAAUUUGGUGAGAAAGUCGGGAAAAUUUCUCUACCAAGCUCAAACACAGCGGGUGGAGUUGAGUUGGUUACUUCAGGAUGGGGAUACACUACCAACGACAGAUAUAACCGAAAACCGCCAAAUGAUUUGCAAAAACUCACAGUGAAGUCGCUUUCCGUGUCGGAAUGUCAGGAGGAUAAGAAUUUAGGAAAGUACAAAAGAACGAAUCCAUUUACGGAUAGACAGAUUUGCACAUUCAAGAAGCAAGGCCAAGGCAUCUGUCAGGGUGAUUCUGGUGGUCCGCUAGUGACUAAGGGGGAGGUAGUGGGAAUAACUUCGUGGAACAUUCCCUGUGGCCGUGGCCUUCCUGAUGUCUUCACAAGAGUUUUCUCUUACCUGGACUGGAUAAAAAAACACACAAGCGACUAG